AUGGUCACAGAAGGUAACCACACCCUGCAAGAGUUCAUUCUCUUGGGGCUCACGGAGAAUGCAGACAUACAGGCCACCCUCUUUGUGGUGUUUUUACUCAUAUACCUUAUUACCCUGGUGGGGAACCUUGGAAUCAUGGCUUUGGUCAGAGUCAGUCCUCAACUACACAAACCCAUGUACUUCUUCCUCAGCCACUUCUCACUUGUUGAUGCCUUUUAUUCCACAACUAUUACUCCCAACAUGCUGGUAGCUUUGUUCUCAGACAGCAAAGCCAUUUCCUUUGCUGGAUGUAUAGUACAGUGCUACAUUUUUGUUGUUUUGGGACUUGUUGAGUGUUACCUUCUGGCUGUCAUGGCCUAUGACCGUUUUGUAGCUAUCUGUAACCCACUGCUUUAUGUGGUAAUUAUGUCUAAGAGAAUCUGUAUUCGGCUGGUCUUAGCUUGCUACCUCAUUGGUUUUCUUAGUGCAGGUAUGUACACGGGUUGUAUUUUUGGAGGUUCCCUCUGUGGGUCCAACAUAAUCAAUCAUUUCUACUGUGAUAUCACCCCACUGUUGAAGCUUUCCUGUUCUUGCAGUUAUAACAAUAGGAUGGUGGUCUUUGCUUUGAGUAGUGUAGGUGGUGCAGUGACUGUAAUGAUAAUUUUGAUCUCCUACUUCUACAUCCUGUCCACCAUCCUAAGGAUGCACACUGCACAGAGCAGAUCCAAAGCCUUCAACACAUGUGGAUCCCAUUUGUCUAUUGUUUCCUUAUUCUAUGGGACCGGUUUCUUUAUGUACCUACAGCCAAGUUCCAGCCACAAUGGACAAGACAAAGUGGCCUCUGUGUUUUACACUGUGGUGACCCCCAUGCUGAACCCCCUGAUCUACAGCCUGAGAAACAAGGAGGUGAAGGGUGCUUUGGACAAAUUGGUCUCCAGGGGCAUAACCAAGUGA